UUAUAGCCAGGGGCACUGGUGACUUUAUCUUGUAAUCAUCCCUGGGCUUGCAUUAUGCGUUAACGAGUCAGGAGCUGGCGUUGUUAUUAUCCUAGAAGGGUGUGUGUGUCUCUCUCUCUCAUGUAUCUAUCUCUGAGCCGGCAUGGUGGAGAACACAGGGAAAUUCAACAGCACUUCAGCGCCGAUGCCUGGCUUAACCACUGGAGAAGAGUUGAAUCUGGUUCUGACUGGAAGCUCUCAGUUCCAUCAUCAGGGGAUGAAGCUGGAAGCUGUGAUGGAGCAUUUACAGAGGCAGCAGCAAGUGCGCUUGGAGAUGGAGGGCAGGGAGAGGAAGGACCGGGACGUCCACCACGCCCGCAUCUUCUACGCUCAGCAGAUGGCAGCAGCCUCGUCCAGAUCUCCGCCGGCAUCACCGCUGGUCGCCGCCCUGGCCCGCCAAUCGGCACUCGCCGUCCCGCAGGGCUCCGACAAGAGCAGCGAGGACUCGGAAGCUGAGGACGACGCCUUUGAACGGGAGGACGCCGCCAGCGAGCUGGAGGACGAGGACGCGGUGAGGGGUGAGCUCGACGAGGAGGACGACGGCGAAGAGGAGGACGUGGAGUAUCUCAGGAAACGGCCCGCGGCCAUGUUGUCUGGUCAGAGGGCCCCGCCCGCUCACCGUCCAUCCGUUAGCGGACAAUCCCAACAGCAGGGAAACAGUCAGGCCAUUUCCCCGAGUCCAGCACAUUUGAAAUCUCCUGCAAGCCACCAUGAUUGGGGUUAUGAAGAACAGUUCAAACAGAUACAGCCUUCUGAUUGGAUGGCAAAUGACCAAUCAGAAUUGGGGAAAAAAAAUUCUCACCGACCAGGCAGUGUGCCAGGAGCCCACAUCCCUGGCACUAUUAAACAGAAUGGGAGUCUGGCUUGGAAUGACGAUGCUGAUGGUGGACGAGCAAGAGAGGCUGCCAAAGACUUCGCAAAGCUCUACGAACUGGACAGUGACCCCAAACGGAAGGAAUUCCUGGAUGAUCUGUUUGUUUUCAUGCAGAAGAGAGGAACGCCAGUGAACCGGAUUCCCAUCAUGGCGAAGCAGGUGUUGGAUUUGUACAUGUUGUAUAAGCUCGUCACGGAGAAGGGCGGACUGGUGGAAGUUAUCAAUAAGAAGAUUUGGCGGGAAAUCACCAAAGGCCUCAACUUACCUACCUCAAUCACCAGUGCAGCCUUUACACUCAGGACCCAAUACAUGAAAUACCUCUACCCAUACGAAUGUGAAAAGCAAUCACUCAGUUCACCCACAGAGCUCCAGGCAGCGAUUGACAGCAACAGGCGCGAGGGCAGAAGACCCAGCUACAGCUCGGCUCUCUUUGGCUAUUCACCGUGUUCGGCGACCCCCCUCCUGUCCCCGGCCAAGGUCCAUCUGUCGUCCCUGAAUGUUCCCACCUCCAAUGGAAUCCACCUCUCUCCAGGGCAGCUCAUCAAAAAAGAAGAUACGGCCGGGCCUUGCUCUUUGACCCCAAGCCGGAUCCACGUGCCGUUGUCCCAGACGGGUAACCAUUCCACGGCGCAGGCCGUCACUCUGGAGCAGCUGAGGGAGAAGCUGGAGAGCGGGGAGCCACCUGAGAAGAGAAUGGCCAGAUUGGCGGAGGGACAGCAGCGUCUGAUGCAGCAGGCCCUGCAGCAGAACCUCUUUGCCAUGGCAACCCACGUGCCUAUGAGCAUCAAAAUCAACGGGAAAGAUGACCGACAGGAGCUUGCAUUGAACUUGUCAACGAAUGGUAUCAGCAGCAUUAACAUGUCGAUUGAGAUUAAUGGUACUCUCUAUACAGGAGUGUUGUUUGCCCAGAGACCAGCUGUGCAUGUGAUCGCAGGACCCAGCAGCAGCACAUCUGGUUCACAGAGCACCUCCAGUCCUACCUCCGUCAAGGGCCCCGCCUCUGCUGAGCCCUCCACCAGUGGCUCCCCCUGAAGGCAGCCAUCUGCCACAGCAUCAGCAAAUGGACUUGUCUCAAUUGUAUUUUUCUAGAGUCAGGGCAGGGAAUAAUGAGCGAGAAGUGGAAAAAUGCAGGAACAGACAGAACACAUAAAAGGAUUGCACAGAUCUUUUCAGCUCAAGGAACCUAUGUGACAAUUCUUUUGUUUUAUUAUUCAGUCAAUCUCUUGUGUUGCACAGGGGGCAAUCAAAACUGAGUGUUCUCUUCGGGUAAAAAAGGUGUUGGAGUGGGUCAGGGGUUAAAGGUUAACUGGGCCUGGUUUUGCAGAUGUGACUGUCUCCCCACUGUGAGAUUAUAUGUAUGGGUUCUUAUUUUUGUACGUCAUUUCAAUUAUGCGCAUCCCCAUUUAUUCUGGGAGUUGCCCUGAGUCCAUUUGUCACUCUGUAAUCCUGCCCUCUGAGCAGUGGCGGAACUGCAGUGUCACCUCUGGGCGGGAGGGUGUAAUUACAGCGUGACAUGUUUACAUGAAUAAUUCCCAUUAUAAUGGCGGACUUGGAGUUAAUAACAGAGACCACUGACAGGAUGCAGGCACAAGAAUGUUUAAUAUAUUAUGUAAAUAUGUAGCCGGUGUGGUUUUAAUUUGACUUUACCUUGAAGUGACAGUGUACCUUUUGUUGGUUUCCAGCAGUUAUUCGAAAGUUACAUGGGAGAGAGUCCAGAGUAAAACUGGGCCUUGUUCAUUUUUCGCUUCAGUCAUAAAGAAACUCAGCAAUCUGUUCAAAAUGCAGUGGAGAAUAGUUCCAGAAACAAGAAGAUUUCAUUCCUUAAAUUAUAGAGAGUCACGUUGAGGUGCAAGUGUUGAUGUCCUUGGCGGAACUGGGUCUGACUGACCCUGAGCUGCAAACCCAAGGGCGAUGCUUCCCUCCAACUGAAUGGCUAACUGUGCUAGUCAGGGGUGAAUGUCAACACACUCUCUUCCACCAUUGUAAGCAGCACACUGGGAUCUACCCAUGCCCCUGCCUUUUGUAAUCCCCGUGACUCAGCGGGUAGUGUUCCCAUUGGUGAGUCUGACGGGUACCACUUCAGCAACCCGAGCACUGAUGCCCAGGCUGAAACUCCCAUGGCAGCAUUGAAGGAGUGCCACACUGCCAGGGGUGCCACUUACCCGCCUGCCCUCUCCGGUGGAGGUAUCGUGAGGAAGACCAGGGGGCUUCGCCCCAUGCCCAGCGUCCUGGUGACUACUUAUCCUUCACGUAACAUUGCUGGAAUAGUUUAUCUAGUCACUGUCACAGGCUUGUUCAUGGGAGCCUGCUGUGCACAUCAUUUCCGGGAGUACAGCAUGGAAACAGGCCCUUCGGCCCAACAGUCUGUGCCGACCAGGUUUCCGAAAUUAUACUAGUCCUAUUUGCUGGCAUUUGGCCAUUAUCCCUCUAAACCCUUCCUAUUUAUAUACCCAUCCACAUGCCUUUUAGAUGUUGUAAUUAUACCAGCCUCCACCUCUUCCUCUGGCAGCUCAUUCCAUACACGCACCACCCUCUGUGUGUAAAAUUUGCCCCUCAGGUCCCUUUUAAAUCUUUCCCCCCCCUCUUCUUAAGCCUAAACCAUCAAGUUUUGGACUGCACUACACUGGGCAAAAGACAUUGGCUAUUCACUAUAUCUCUCACUUCAUUGGCUGGGAAACCACAGGACAGUGAAAGGCGCUAUAUAAGUGUAAUCCUGCCUCUCUCGCUGAACAUCUCCAGCCCAAGGCAGUGAUCAGGGGAACCAUCCUGGUGUAUUGCCGUAUUGCUGUAACCCCAUGAUAAGGGGGAUGUUGAGUGAGGCAGUUCGGAGCACUUAACCCUCAGUCAAUAGGGGGAUUGUAGCUGUCACGAAGAAAAAUGUGCCCUCUUGUUUAGAGAGGUGGAAUACAGAAGGGGUGAUUAAACCAGCCAUGCUUCAUUUAGAGUACCACAGCUGGAUAUCCACCUAUUCCUGUAGAGAUGUCCUGUGGGCACCAGUAAUGAAUAAGAUGCUUCCCCUUUUCACAACAUGGCACUUAUACUGUGGGCGGGAAUGUAACAUUUAUAUUAUUUUUUAAAAUGUGACGUUUUGCAGUCAGUUGGUCAACCUUUACCACUCAGGUGGGCCGUUUUACCCAUGACCUUCCACAUAAAGUAGUCAGGAGACCGAGACUGGGGUAGAAAUAAAAGUAGAGCAAAAUUAUCAACUCGGUGGGCGGCACAGUGGCUAUCACUGCUGCCUCACAGCACCAGAGAUCCGGGUUAAUUUCCCAGCUCAGGUGACUGACUGUGUGGAGUUUGCACGUUCUCCCCGUGUCUGCGUGGGUUUCCUCCGGGUGCUCCGGUUUCCUCCCACAGUCCAAAAAUGUGCAGGUCAGGUGAAUAGGCCAUGCUAAAUUGCCCGUAGUGGUAGGUAAAGGGGUAAAUGUAGGGGAAUAGGUGGGUUGCGCUUCGGCAGGUCGGUGUGGACUUGUUGGGCCGAAGGGCCUGUUUCCACACUGUAAGUAAUCUGAUCUAAUGAAAAGAUUUCCCUCCUCCAAGCUGUGAAGCCUAGAGUAGGUAGGCCUCUGCAAAGAGACAGUCACAGUUCCCACCAAUCGCUGGAGUUUGGUUGAACUCUGGCCAAAUGUUUGCCAAUCACUUACCUCCAAGAUCAUUUCCCCCCCCCGCCCAGUUGGGGAUCUCUGGAGGCCAUUGAAAAGCCCAGUUAGAAGAUGCCAUGGGGUUAAAUUGACUUCCACAUGAGGUCGUCUCAACCCUUAGAGCAGGCACGCAUCAUGGCUGCCCCACCCCCGCUCCCAGGGAGACAGUAAAUUUGAUUUGACGCCGUUGUAUGAACCCUCCCAAGUUGCCAACAGAAGGGACACAGUCUCACCAAGGGAGAUUGCUGUGGCCUAAGGACUUCUCCAUGUCAUUGUGAAUGUGGGGCAGAUUGUCAGCUGGUUGGCACCUGGAAAGGUGCCAGUGGUCAUCUAGGUAGCCCCGAGGGUGUUUGUGCCAUGCAGUGAAAUUCAAAGGAAUUGGGCUCAGGUGUCCAUGGGUAUUGUUUUGCGUUUGUAAGUGAGUGUCUUUUUGUGCGAGUGUGUGUUUUUCUGAGUGUGAGUUUGUGUCUGUAAUCUGUGUGUAUGUGCUUUUGUGUUUUUGUGAGAGUGUGAGAAUGUGUUUGUGUAUGAAUGUGAGUGUCGCUUUGUGUGAAAGUGUAUGAGUGUGUAUGUGUUUACAAGUUUGUGUGUGAUUGUGUAUAUGCCUGAGAGUGUGCAUAUGCGACUGCAUGAGAGAGUAUGUUUGUGUAUGUGAGAGUAUGAUUGUUAGUGUGUGUGUGUGUGUGUGUGUGUGUGUAUGUGUAUUUGAGAGAGUAUGUUUGUAAGUGGGUGAAUAUGUUUGUGAGUGGGUGUGUGUAUGUUUGUGAUUGGAUGUGUGUGUGUGUAAGAGAAAGAGUAUGUGUGAUAGAAUGUUUGCGAGUGUGUGUGUGUAAGAGAGAGUAUGUUUGUGAGUCAGUAUAUAUGUGUGUGUGUGAGAGAGAGAGAGAAGGAAUGAGAGUCUGUUGGUUUUGCCCACCCUAAUUGAAUGCAUUCCCAGGAGAUUUCCAGCUGCCAAUUACAGCUCCUGUUAUUAGUUGCCCAUCUAGGCUCUACCCUGCCCUUGAUAGACCAAUUGGAGACUCAUCAUUUCCUGAUUGGAAGAAUAAUCCAGUCAUUCUAACAGUCUCUUUCCCACUACAGUGUUUUUCUAACUAAUUAGCAGAAACGUAAAAAAGAAACACACAAUAUUGAUCAACGCCGAGAUCUUUCUCCUGGUUUUCAUUCAGGGGACACGAAUCUUCAACCCCUGGAGAUCCAGGCCAGACCUGGAAGGGUUGGCAGUGCCAGUUUCUGUGAGAUGGCAGUUAGAGCCAUCGUGAGGCCCCAUACAGGGGCCCACUCUUGUGUCACUCUCUCGGGAGUGACUUGCAGCCAAGGCUUGGUUUUCCUCAGGGGAUUUGCCGCCUGAGCAGGGUGUUCACACUCAGAGGUAACAGCGACAGGGUCACUGAGCUCUUGUUCGAUCUCAGUGUCAGCUGUACCUCAGCGUCUUGCCCCCACUCCCCCUGAGCCAGACCCCUCCUCACCAUGAAAUCCCAGGCUGGAAGUUGAGUGUGGAAGUCUCAGCCGGCACUUCACCGCGCAGUACUGCAGGAGUGCUGCGCAGUUGGAGGUCAGACGUUGAAGCGGGGAAAAGUCUGGGUGGAUGUAGAAGAUCUCGUGGCACUAUUUCAGAGAAGAACAGGGCAGCUGGUUUCUCAGUCAACACCCAAUAAAAUAGAUUGUCCUUUCUGGGAUCUCGCUGUGCACAAAUUGCCUCCCACAUUUCCUACCUCAAAACGAUGUCAUUCGCUGUAAAAUGUUUCAUGACAUCCAACAGUGGGAAAAGACCCCAUUGAAGUUCAAGAUUUCUCUUCUCUCUUCUACAUAUUUGCUUUCCCACCUCCUGUUCUUGGGAACAUUGGCCAUGUCAAUGAUGGAAAGAUGUUGAGGCCAUUCAGUUGAGCCCAGGUAUUCUCAGGGAACUUAACAUCUGAUCAGCAGCUGGGCAAUCACUCAACAGUCGGCCACAUCAACAAAACCAAGCACUUCUGAUUCCGCGGCCCCUCUCUGGGAGACAAUGAUCUGAUCGUAGGUUGGGUAGGGAGCUGGUGAAAUGGGAUUGGCCUCUAUUUCUGAGAACAGGAAGUGGAUAUACAAAUCUGUGAGGCAAUGAUUAAAUAUCUCCUCCUUUGGAAUUCUAUAUGCUGUGGACUUUUGCAGUCUGAACAAAAGCCAGUUGGCAAAAGUACACACACACACUCACACUCACUCACUCACUCACUCACUCACUCACUCACUCACUCACACUCUCUCUCUCUCUCUCUCUCUCUCAGUUAGUGUCAUCGUGACACCUCAGUGUCUACCGUACAUGAUCUCACCACCAAAGGGCUGAAUUCUAUUCUUAGCUGGAGUUUGCUCCUGGUAUAGUGAGACAUCAUUUCAAUUUUGCAUGUGUAAAGUAGGGAAUGUAAAUUGAGCAAUCCCUGUCCUCUCACCUCUGGCUUAAUUUGAUAAACUCCAACAAUCGCGUCCAGUUAUAUAUUAGAAAGACAUUUCGACAGGUACAUGGGAUCAGAAAGGUUUCGAAGGAUACGGGUCAAAUGCAGGCGCUUGAGACGAGUUCAGUUUAGGAUACUUUGUCAGCAUGGGCCAAAUAGUUUGUUUCCAUGCUGUAUGACUCUAAAGAGGAACAGGCCGUUUGGCCCACCUGGUCCAUCCUAGUAUUUGCGUUCCACACCAGCCUUCACCCACCCCACGGUCUCUGAACCCACCGACUUCGUCUUCAUGUUUUUUGCCAAGCCUCCUCUGAAAUGUAUCUCUGUUGUUUUUCUCAAUGAUUUACUAUGGCAACGAGACCCCAAUCUUCCUAUUCUCUGAGUAAGGAGGUCUUUCCCACUUGUUAUGGUCUCUUGUAAAUUAUUGAGGAAAAUUACAGGGAUGCGUUUUGGCCUUAAAAAUAUUUAAUGAUCUGACCCUCCAUUACCUCCUGUGGCAGAGAGUACCAAAGUCACACUCUCUUCAUGUCUGUCAGGAAAAGGGUAACCCGGAAUUGUAAAACAGUGCCCCCUCGGUCUGGAGUCACCCACAAGAGGAACCAUCUUUUCUGCAUCCACCUUAUCAUGACCAUUCAGGUACUUGCAAACCCCAAUCAAAUCACCCCCUCCCCUCCCUUUUCUUAGGUGACACAGUGGCUCAAUGGUGAGCACUAUUGCCAGGGCCCCUGGUUCGGUUCCACCCUUGGGUGACUGUCUGUGUGGAAUCUGUGUGAUCUCCUUGUAUCCGGGUGGGUGUCCCCUGGUUUCCAACCACAGUCCAAAGGUGAGCAGGCUAGGUGGAGUGGCCAUGGGGAAUGCAGGGUUACCAGGAUGGGGUAGAGGGGUGGGUCUGGAUGAAAUGCUCUUCAGCAGGGCAGUAUGGACCUGAUUGGCCAAAUGGCCUGCACCUAUACUGUAGCUAUUCUAUGAUACUUGCGUAUUCAAUCUGAGAGGGUUUGUCCGUACAUAUGUGUCUUCUGUAUGCUCUCAAUAGGCCUUAUUACUUAUCCUUCAGCCCACUUUACCAGGAGAGGUUUAUUCGGCUUUAUGGAGGGGUAAAAUGGGAGGAAUCACAGGCUCUGAGCCAUUAAUACACUGAACAGCAAAAAGAGAAUUGGUUUUAUUCAGUGACCUAUGUUUCCUGGCUACUAGAUCUCCUCACCUGUUGUACUACCUCACAACUACAUAUUGGUGAGCGCUACUCAUUCUUCGCCCAACCCUUUAACAAUUCAUUUUUUUAACGUGUGUGUUUCCUUUUUUACCUUCUGCCUGCCUUCCUUGUCUCUCCACAGGGUGGAGAGAUGGUUUCACAUUGGCUAAAAUCCACCCCCUCCCCUUCCGGACACCAACCCCAAAUACCACCAUUGAGAGCCUGCCUAAUGGAUGCCUGCUCAUGCCUUGGCCUAGGCAUUGAAUAGUGGUAGCCUAUGCAACUGUGGGAAGGGAAGGGCACCCAUGACCCACCAAUCCCAGAACCCAUCGCCACUUGAUAGGCCAAAGGUCUAAGCAACCAUCCAUCUCCUUCUGUCAGGCUCAAUGUACUCCCCCUACCUGUGAAAGUAUGACUGUGUCGGCUUGCUGAGCAGGGCUGUUUCUCUCUCAGGUUCCACUUUGAUUACUCUUCAUAAAAGAUGGUCCAAAAAAUUCAGAAGGCUGCUGAAAAUCUCACCGAGACGUUUCAAGCCAAGCUAGAAUGGGGGGGGCAAAGAGAAUUAGGAAUAAUGUCCUCUGAUUCAAAUGUCUUCUUUUAUCCAUUGAUGGGGUGAGGGCGUCACCGGCUCUGUCAGCAUUUAUUGUCUGUCCCUAAUUGCACCAGAGGGCAGUCAACCACAUUACAGUGGGUAUGGAGUCACAGGUUGGCCAGACCAGGCCAUUUCUUUCCUGAGUGAACCAGAUAGAUUCUUUCUGACAAUCGACUCAUGGUCAUCAUUAGACUCUUCAUUCCAGAUAUUUUAAAAAUUGAAUUCAAAUUCUACCAUCUGCUGUGCUGGGAUUUGAACCUGGGUUCCCCGAAUGUUACCUGGGGUUCUGGAUUAGCUGUCCAGCGGUAAUACUAUUCGGUCCCCAGGUAGCUCGUGUUUAGAAUCACGCUGGCCUUGAACACUGCCACUCUCUCAGUCAAUUGCCCUGCCAUUGUGUGCCCUCACCUUCCCUCCACUCAAGCGACUCUUCACUCCAUCCCGCCAUUCAAAGAAGGCAAUCCCUUGUAGAGGGAUUGUUAAACUUGGACUGUCACCAGUGAGGCCUUUUACCCCUCCCUAACUCCCAUCUUUCCAGUUUGCUUUCAAGAGCUUCAAGUCAUAACAAAGUAUUUCUAAGCAACGAAAACAGAAAUUGCUGAGGGAUCUCAGCAGGUCUGGCAGCAUCUGAUGACAGAAACAGACUCAACGUUUCAGGUUCAGUUCUGAGGAAGGGUCACUGGACCCAAAAGGUGAAAUCUGUAUCUCUCUCUUUCUCCACAGAUGCAGCCACACCUGCUGAGUUUCUCCAGCAGUUUCUGUUUCUGAUUCAGCUUUUGUUUUGAGAACGCCAUGCCAGUGCCUUGACGUAUCUUCAGCAACUCAAGAUGAAAAUAAUCGGGUUUUAUACAGUUGGUGGGCCAAUGGAUACAGAGAUGGCCCUGAGUAGUGGUUGUUUAAACGGGCAACUUGCGCCGCGCUCCCCCUGUCGUGGUGAUAACUACUGAAGGAAAUAUUUGUUUCUCCUAUUUGACCUUUCCCCGUUGGUGGGUUUAGUUCAAGGUCAGACAUGACGAUAUAGCUUGGCCAAAACAGGGCUGCCAAACCCAUUGUGAAAACACAG